AUGGAUGGAGGGAAUGAAACAUUGACCAAUUUCUUUCUCCUGGGGCUCUUCCCGGAGCUGCAACACAUCAGCAUCCUCAUCAUCUGCCUCCUCCUGGUCUACUUCAUCGCCCUCACAGGGAACGCCAUCCUCAUCCUCCUGAUCCAUGUGGACACAUGCCUCCACACCCCCAUGUACUUCCUGCUCAGCCAUCUCUCUCUCAUUGACUUGGCGUUAAUUUCCACUACGGUCCCAAAGAUGGCCAUAAACUUCUUCUCUGGGAAGAAAAACAUCUCAAAAGUUGCCUGUGGGACCCAAAUUUUCUUCUUCUUUGCCCUUGGGGGUGGUGAGUGUCUCCUUUUGACCCUCAUGUCUUAUGACCGCUAUGUGGCCAUCUGCAAGCCCCUGAGAUACCCGAUUAUCAUGAACACUAGCAUCUGCCUAAAGAUGGCCCUAGUAUGUUGGGGUGGAGGUGCUCUAAAUGCCCUCAUCAACACCAUCUACACCAUGCACUUCCCUUUCUGUGGCUCCAGGGAGAUUCACCACUUUUUCUGUGAGUUGCCUGCCAUUCUGAAGCUCUCUUGCAAGGACACUUCCUUGUAUGAAAUGGUGGUGUCUGUCAUCUGUAUUGUGUUUGUUCUUCUUCCAUUAGGACUCAUCAUGGCUUCCUAUAUGCUAAUCUUCCUCACAGUCCUUCACAUGAAUUCACCAGAAGGCAGGAGGAAAGCCUUGGCUACAUGUUCUUCACAUAUGGCUGUAGUGAGCCUCUACUACAUGCCAGCCAUGAUCAUCUACAUGACCCCCCGCUCCUCUCACACUGCAGAACAGGAUGAAAUACUCUCUGUGAUUAAUACUAUCCUCACCCCCAUGCUCAACCCUCUCAUUUACAGUCUGAGGAAUAAGGAGGUGCUUGCUGGUCUGAGAAAAGUAAUGAUAAGAAGAUUUAUUUUGGGAUAG